UGCAAUCGAACGCGGAUGAUAUAGUUCAUUCUCAGCUCCCUCGACCUUAGAAACGUGGGAUCGAUCUCCUGCAGAGGAAGCAAGGGAAGCAAGGGAGGGAGCCAUGGCAGCCAUGGUGGUGGUCGCAUCGACAGCAGCGACAGGUCUCGUCGGAGCAUUGCGAUGUGAGGCUCAGAGGCCCAGGCAGCAGCAGCAGCAGCAGCAGCCGUCGCAGUUCGCUCUCAGAGCAUCUGCUGGUGCCGGUGCGUCAGGACAGAGCUUGCGAUGGGAUUCUUCGAGUCUUGCAGGCAGCGGAGCCAGAUUGCUCUCUUACGGCCGUCGGCCAAAUGGGCAGCAGCGAAUCUCCUCGUCCCGGCUGACUGUCAAUGCGGCAAGUGAAAGGUCGUACAUCAUGAUCAAGCCCGACGGAGUCCAGAGAGGCCUCGUCGGAGACAUCAUCUCCAGAUUCGAGCGCAAGGGAUUCGCUCUGAAGGGAUUGAAGCUCUUUCAGACUCCCCAGGAUUUGGCCGAGGAGCACUACUCGGAGCUGAAGGAGCGACCCUUCUUCCCAGCACUAGUGAAGUACAUCGUCUCCGGACCUGUCGUAUGCAUGGUGUGGGAGGGGCCCGGCGUGGUUGCAUCAGCCAGAAAGCUUAUCGGAGCGACCAACCCGCUCAACGCUGAGCCCGGAACCAUCCGAGGAGAUUUCGCGAUUGUGAGCGGCAGGAAUGUUGUCCAUGGAAGUGACAGUCCUGCAAACGGUGAACGUGAAAUUGCUCUGUGGUUUAAAGAAGGAGAACUAGUGGAUUGGGAGCCGACAGUUCUCCCCUGGGUUCUUGAGUUGUAGUUUCGUAGGAUAAUCGGCAUUUAGGUGCUCUCUGCCCACUUCAACAGUGGGGAAAAAAUACAGAUAAAGUGUCAUGUGACCGGCCCCAUUUUUGCAACCUCUCCAAAACCUUAGGCACUCCAGUGUCUCCUACUUCAGCUUUUGUGGACUGUGAACGAGAUCAUGUUUUCAAUGGCUUCUCCCCAAAGGUGAAGAAUAAAUUGCUCUCUGAAAUUCGGACA